AUGAGGCAGCAGAUGAGGCAGCAGAUGAAGCAGCAGAUGAAGCAGCAGAUGAAGCAGCUGACGGGGAACCAAACGGAUGGCCACUUAGCAAACCGCGCGGCUGACCGCUCGGCUGACCACGAGUCCGAUGGAGGGGGGGAAGAGCCCCCCUGCGGAACGGACGCGCACUCCUGCGACCGCUUGCAGGGGGGUAUCCCCCAUGUGCAGGCUUGCGCGCCCCCGACCGAACUGACGCGCGUUCUGGCGUACGCGAGCAGCCAGGUGAUCAAGAGCCUGCACCUGCGGCAGCACUACAUCAACAGUAAGGACUACUUCAUGUCCCUCUCGCUGAUAUGCAACCAGCUGGCGGCACACCGAUUUGAGGACCGUUCCUUUUGGAACACCCUGGGGGAAAGGCUAACCACAUUGUUACGCUUUGAGGAUGUGCAGAAGACCAUGUCCGUGCGAUGGCUAGCCUUAAUCUUAAACUCUUUCGCAAGGGUAUACGUACUGAAUGAGCCUUUCCUGAGAGAGGCCUCCAAAUAUUUUAGAAAUUGCAAAGAAGAAACUUUACACACAUUUGACAUUUCGCAAAUAGCUAACUGUUUUGCGAAACUCAAUUACGGGGAUGCUACGCUGUUCAGGCAUAUGGAGCAGCAGAUCUGCGAAAGGAUAGACGAACUGAGUUGCCAGUCGAUUAGCAACAUAUGCAAUGCGUAUAGUAAACUGAGUCUGGGGAGCACGACUUUAUAUGACCAUUUGAUCAAAGCGGUGACGAAAAAUUUGCAAAAAUUUAACGAACAAGAAAUCGCCAACAUACUAAAUGCGUACGCAAAAGUGGGCGAAAAAAAACAUUCCCAUUUGUUUGUUAAUUUUUUACCUCAUAUUUGCGAAAAAAUUGACCUCUUCAAGCCAGUCGAAAUGGUGAUGAUCGCUAAUGCGCUCUCCAAGUGUAGGCUAUUCAGUAAAACCUUUUUUUCCCUCCUGGGGAACUACAUUUGGAGGAAUGCAGACCGGUUGGAACCAUCCGAGUGGGCCAUACUUGCCAACGUAUACGCGAGCUUCAACCUCAGAGAUUUAAAAUUUUUUUAUCUCAUCAGAAAAAAGGUGAGCGAUAGGGAACAUUUGCUGCAGCAUGGAAAUGUAGCCAUGCUGCUGCACGCCUUUGGGAAAUUACAUAUACGCGAUGAGGCAUUCGUUAUAAAUUUAGUUAAAAGGAAAAAACACAUUAUAGGUUCGCUGGACAGCCGCAACUUGACCCUGUUUUACGUUUCGCUCAUCAAAUUAAAUUUGAGCAUUCCGAUGGAGAUUUUCGCCAACUUGAAGCUAAACAUUUCGAGCAAGCUGCACACCUUUACCGAUUUGGCCUUGGUGUCCAUAUGCUACUCGUCCAUGUUCCUCUCCUACUUUGACAUGAAGCUGGUCAGCUCCAUCCUGCUUCUUCUAAAUGAGAGGAGAGCAAAUAGCAAAUCGUUUGCACACCAAAUGCAUGUCACUUUGUUUGUGCUACACUCUGUAUACGACUUUGGGGAGUUUUCUCCAAAAUUUCUUCUCUGCUUGCAUCAGCUUUUGAGUAGGGCAUACCAGCACAUUGCGCAGCCCAACUAUUACGACAUUAACAAGUCAGCUAUUCAGAAGAGAAUUUCUCCUUUUUUUCCCAAAAGUUGCCUGAACGUUCAGGCGGAAGUGCCCGUUGGCCCCUUCGUCGUGGAUUUCCUCCUGACCAGGCGGCGGCCGGCGGCGCGCGCCGCGUUGUGA